AGAAACAUCCUGCUGAAAACUUUCCCAUCACUCUGACUCCAGCUGCAGCCUCUAUAACUAGAGCAGGACAGCCGACCACCGCAGAACACAACUAUAGGAGUAGAGGAGAGAGAGGACAGAACUACUAAGGUGCUGUAGAGAGGAGUGGACUCACAGCAGGAAGCAGCAGCAACACCUGGAGCACAGCUCUACUCUGAGACCCAACUCUAAACACGCCGGGUUUCUUUACAACCGGAUCACUGGAUCACUCUGAGCUUUGGCUUUUAUUUCCAUUUGAGACUACUGGGAAACAAAGAGCUGAGCAAACAGACUGUCGCCAAGAUGUUGUGCUCGAGGAGAGUUGCACAGCAGUGGUGCUUUGCUGUGUUCUUGCUGUGCUCCCCUGUUCCUCAUUAUGGAAGGCCCAUCGACGGCCUCACCAACAGGAUGAAGCGCUCGGUGACCCACGCCCAGCUGAUGCACGAUAAGGGUCGGACGCUGCAGGAUUUCAAGCGCCGUAUGUGGCUCCAAGAUCUGCUGGACGAGGUCCAUACGGCUGAGAUCAGGGAGCUGCCCGCCCGCCCAGGGGUCAGCAGCGGAGCCGGGGUGGGUCUGGGACUGCCGGGGGCCGUGGUGGGGGUCAGCCUGGGACUGGGCGCCACGGGGGGUACCCUGCACCCCCACCCCAAACCUCCAGGGGGCACCAAGAACAUUCCCAUCAGCUUCCAUAUGGAGGAGGAGGAGGGGACCAACCUGCCGCAGGAGACCAACAAGUCCCAAACAUACAAAGACAAAGACGGGGCGCGGAAGGCCAAGGAGGGGAAGAAAAAGAGAGGAAGGAGUGGGAAGAGGAGGGAGGGAGAGAGGAGGGAGGGGGAGAAGAGGAAGAGGCGGGCACGCUCGCUGGGCUGGGCGCAGGACGGGGAGGAGCCUGGGAGUGGGUACCGCCUGGAGUGGCGAGGGCCCUUCUUCGGCCUGAAGGGGGCGCUGCACUAGAACACUGUCACACUCUGACUAAAGCAACUUGAGGACAUCAUCCAGAUGGACACCCAGGCCCUCCUGUUGCAGGGUUCUGUGAUACUGAUGGUUUGGAAAGUAAAAUAGGGGUAAUAUUUAUUUUCUGUAAAUAUUGUAAACGCACCAGACUAGUGAUACUGAGGAAGACAAAAAAAAAAACGACAGAUGCUCUCUCUGCGGAGCAACAGAAUUUAAUAAUUGUGAAUCCUUCCUGUUCUGAUCUGUUUUGUUUUGUUAAGACUAUGCCAAUUAUUAUUAAUGUCAGAUUUUGCUGUAAUUUAUUUUGUUUGAAUGGUGUAUUUAUUUUGUAAAUGUAUCGAGGUGCUGCUGACCUUCUAUAUUUUUGUACCAUAAUGCACUUUUAGAUAUAUAUAAAUAUAUAUACCAGUCAUUUUUGUUAAUUGACUUUUUUUGUGGUUUAAUGAAGAAAACAUUGUUGGUCAUUCCUCUGUGUUAGCUAGGCUCCUUCUAGGCUCCUCUGCAUGGUUCUAUAAUGAUCAUGUGACUCGUCUGGCCGCUCCGACUGGCCCACAGACCUCUAGUCUAGUUUCGCUGUUGACCAGGGGGGCGUGUUCAAUAGGGCACACAACGGAAAAUGUUUCAAAAUGUUUUACAACGGAAAAAAACAAAAAUGAGCAUUUCUUAUUGGACAAGUCCAGCCAGUCCCUCCCUGUUUCAGAUGGUUUUCUUCAGUUUGAUGCCAAAUGAACAUGGCCCGGGAUGACGCAUGCAGAUGUCCUCCAUCCCUGACCCCUAACCUCUGUACAUUGUGCUUCAACCCCCCCCACCUCCGUCUCAAUCUGUUGGUCCACUGGGAACCACCUUGUCUUUCUCCUGUUCUGCUUCUGAAUGUUGUCCUAAGUUCAAAGUUCACUCUGCCUGUACAUAACCUGAACACAAUGCAAAAAACUUCAUAUUGUUGUUUUGGCACUUGCACUGAGAGACAACCCUAUAUUGAAUGGA